AUGCCCGGCCACCCAUCGCUUGCGAUCCGGCGAGCUCUUCUCGAGCUUGUUGAUGACGAGAAUUUAUUGGAGAAAUUGGAUUCUUAUUCGGAUGAGGUCACAAAUCAUCCACAUCGUCGUCUGAAAGUGUUAGCCCUGCAGCAGUUGGCCGAGCUUCGUUUAGAGUUAAAGCAAGAACUGGUCGAUUACGGUAGAAUGGGCAAGAUCGGGAAACUGAUGGGAUUGCUGGAUAGGGAAACGCUUGGAGAGCUUGGGGAAGGUUCUUUCAAAGAAAGCUCAACAAAUCGAUCAUCUGCAUCAUCAUCUGUAUCAGACGAAACUCCUUCAACCUCAUCGACCACUCCACAAGGCUCCGAGUUGCCACAACCGAUGAUCCCGUCCUUUAUCCCAGCAUUAAAUGUCGGUUCUCCUCUAGCAGAAGCUCAAGAAAAGCGUCAAGAAAUCGGCACAGUCAAAGAAUUUCGAAAUGUUAUUGAAGUGGUGAAGAUCCCGGAUUUGCCAAAGAAAUUGAAAGAUCGAACAUUUAAUGCAACGAGGAAAUUACGUGGAGAGAGUGAUGAUGAAACAUCAGAUGUCUCUGAUGAGACAACAGUGGAGUCUCAUUGUUCAAAAGGUCAUAAAGAGAUUCGUGGAUUUUUGAAAGGAUUGAGAAGACGGGAAAUGGAAAAGAUCCAUCCAGAGACCUCAAAUAGCCAAAAUCUGCAACUGAUCCCCUCGAAGCCGAUUGAGCGCUUAAAACGAGACGAGGCCAUUCAGUGUCCCUCGCAUAGAAAAGAGAAAAAAGACGCAAUCACAAGCCCAAUCGAACAAUCCGAUCCACUUGGGAGUGCUCUGUCGGACUACACGAAAGCUUUUGAUGAGGAUUUCUCGAGCUCACAGCCGAGCUCCGAUCCCUCGAUUGGGCAGAUACGCUUAGAGCCGGAGGAAUUGAGCACUCGAAAGAUCAUCUCGAUUCGACCAGAUGGGAGCUUUGUUCGCCGCAAGCCGAAAGUCUAUGAGCCAGAAGAGGAUUCACCUCAAUCUACGAGCACAAGUACCCAAGAGAAUUCAUCGGAGAGCCGUGAGGAAGAGGUGGUUUCCUGCAUGGCAAGCAAUUGGCGAGCUGGCAGCCGAGUGCUUCGACUCGAUUUUGCUGAUCUCUCAAGCAGUGCAAUAGAAACUGUAUCAGCUCGUGGAAACGAGAGUGUCCGUCAUUCACUCUCCAUCGAUCUCCAUUCCAUUUCACAAUCAGAGAACUUAUCAGAAACCCAGCCAUCUUCA